UCGACUUCCACGACCUCUCCACGCACCUCGACGACUAAGCACCACAACAUCUACGUUAUGGCUAUCGAUCACCACGUCCGCCGGGGGCACCCCAUAACCUUCGGCUUGAUGAUCUUUUUCGGAAUUAUCGAGCUCUCGCUUGCCGCGUGGCUGACCUCUCAGUUCAAUAAACACCACAACGCUUCCUCUGGCACUGAGCGCGACCGUGUGCGCUUCACUCUCUUCGCGUCGACAUGGACGGUCGUUUUCUCCACGCUCUUCCUCAUUCUUUUCGCGCACUCCGCCACGGGCUCGGUGCUCACCAGCGUUCUGGCCCAUCUAUUCUAUCUGGGCUUGACGUGGCUGAUAUGGACAGCCGCUGCCGCCGCGGUGACGGAGAUGCUCGGAGGCGGGCUGAACUGCAAGACGCAGUCGCUUUUCGUCUAUUGCGACCAGCUCAACGCCCUUGAGGCUUUCGCAUGGCUAGAAUGGAUAUUGGUCACCUUCGCCGUCAUCGUCGUUCUAGUGCGAGGUAUUUCGGCUGCGAGGAGAGGCGAUGGAUACCGGGGAGGGCUGGUGAGCGUAUAG